AUGGGGGCCCCCAGGGGCCCCCAGAGGGGGCCCCCCAGGGGGGCCCCCAGGCGGGGCCCCAAGGGACCCCCCACGGGGGGCCCCAGGGGGGCCCCCAAGGGGGGCCCCAGAGGGGCCCCCAAGGGGGGCCCCAGGGGGGCCCCCAAGGGGGGCCCCAGGGGGGCCCCCAAGGGGGGCCCCCAAAGAGGGUUUUGGUGUUGGGCGGAAAUGGCUUUAUGGGCAUUAGCACAACAACAGCAACAACAGCAGCAACAACGACAGCAGCAGCAACAACAGCAGCAGCAACAGCAAAAGCAGCAGCAGCGGCAGCAGAACCAGCAGCAGCAGCAACAGCAGCUGCUGCUACAGCAACAACAGCAGCAACUGCAGCAUGACGAGCAGCAGCAGCGGCAGCAGAACCAGCAACAGCAGCAACAGCAGCAACAGCAACAGCAGCAACAGCAGCAGCACCAGCAGCAGCAGCAGCAACAGCAGCAGCAGCAGCAGCAACAGCAGCAACAGCAACAGCAGCAACAGCAGCAGCAGCAACAGCAGCAGCAACAGCAGCAGCAGCAGCGUGAAGCUCGCUUCUGCUGGGCUCUUUUAAAGAAAGGCUUCGAAGUGACCCUCGUCAACAGAGGCAGCGACGACUGGGGCCUCAGACUUUGGGAGGAGCCAGGAGUGACGCAAAUAAAAAGUGACCGAAAUAAAACUGAGGCUUUUGCCGAGGCAAUUCGAAGGGCCACUGGCAGCCAGCCAUGGGUUGGAGUAGUGGAUUUUUCUGGCUACAAGCCUCACCAGAUAGAGGCCUCGCUGGAGGGUUUGGGCGAGGGUUUUGGGGUGUACGUGUACAUCUCGACUGACAGCGUGUAUGAAGUUUCGGACUCGACUUUGUGA